AUGUGGUUGCAGAAAUGGUCGCCGGACAUCAAGCCGGAGGAGGAUCUACCAAUUGCUCUGGCCUGGGUGUUAUUACUAGGUUUACCUUUCCACCUCCAUAACUGGCAUUACAUUAGUCAAAUAGUUAAAUUGAUAGGAACACCUAUGUGUCUUGAUGCUUCCACUACUUCUAGAACAAGGCCAAGUAUGGCUAAGGUUAGAGUAGAAGUUAAUCUACUAAAAACUCUUCCUGAAAGCAUAUACAUAGGAAUAGUUCAAGACAAGGAUCCUCAGACUGGUUUUGAUCAAAAAGUUGAAUAUGAAGGGAUACCAAAAUACUGCAGACACUGUAAGAAAUUGGGGCAUUAUAUGAUGGAAUGUAGAGUACUGGAGAGAAAAAACAUGAGAAAGGAUGCAUCAAUAAUGACUCAGAACAAUAACUCUGAGGAAAAUAAGGAAGCUAAACAAAAAGAUGGUCAAAAGAGUGAGCAAGAGGGAAACCAGCAAAAGGAAAAUGUUGCAGGGGUAAAUAAAAAAGUGAACCAAGGAAACUCUUUGAAUACUAGAGCUGAAAAAGAGAAUAACCAUAUCAAUGAAGCAUAG